AAGUGGUUAUGCGUUCUCUGUGUGAUGGUAGGGGGCAGGCCUCCACGAGUCCGGAAUCUCGUUGUUUCUGUAUCGUUUGAACAGUUGGGGGAGGUCGAAGACAGUCGGAGAUGCGAAUGGGAAGUUAGGUACAGGAGCGUGCAAAGUAAACUAAAGAAAAUCAGCGCACACGGGCGUCAUUUAAUCAUAGAUGUUUUGAACAGGAAAACUUUUGUGCGAAUAAUUUUAUUGGAACACGUUCUUCAGCAUCGAAUGAAUCACCGCAUCGCAAAACUGGCUACAAACUUAUUUUGAAGACGGAGUUUGUCUCGGAAAACCUCUUCCUAAACAAUAAAAAGGAGUGGAGUUUCCCCCACGUUUUUUCUCACCGAAAGGUAAAGCGUUUAGUCUGCGUCUGUAUCAAAUGCAACUAUUUCAUAUUAUACAUACUUCGCCCUAAAGUCAGCCAGUUAAUAUUUUUUUCUCAAAAUGAAGAAGCUUGCUUCUCCCUAAACGGACCACAUUCUUUGAAGUUGGUGUUGUGCGCUUUGAUUUUUGUGCCCCGUUUCUUUUUCCUUUUCGGGGAGAGAAAGAGUCAAUUAACUCGAGAACUCUGCAGUCGCAUAUAAGAUAGCUAAUUACAUUUUUCUUUGCAUUUCAACCAAUUCCACCGAAAGCCUGGGAACGGGAUCUACAACUAUUGAAAAGUUUUUUUUUUAAGAAUAUAUCUGUAUUACCAAAUCUCGGAUUCCAUUUUUUUCUACGUUUGCGGCAGCGUUACGUAUUCCAGUUGCUCGCCAAAAAGGCUGUUGAAGUGAAUGGCCUACUGCUGAUGCCCCAGCCGUCUAGAUGGAGUGCCUCCCACAGCGCCAACCCCAGCAGUAGCGCCCUCUACAGGAUGGUGGUGCCGUGGAGUCUGUUGCUCCUGUGGGCAGUGCUUGCCCAGUCCCUGUCGGCUGAGGCCAGGCCUGUCACCAGCGACCAAGUUCCACCCCAAAUUCAAGCGGAGCCGUACACGCUGUACCCUGGCGAGCGGUUAGAGCUGCGCUGCAAUCUCAAGGAGGAGACACAGGCGAUCAGCUGGACCAAGGACAGCGUCCCGGUGUCGGACGGCGAGCACAUACGCCUGCGCAAUGAGGAGCAGUCAAACCUGCGGGACGGCCAACUGGAGAUCGAGGGGGUGGAGCCGGCAGAUUCGGGGCUGUACGCUUGCGUCACUAGUGGCCCUUUUGGCAACCACAGUUCCUAUUACUCUGUCAAUGUCACAGCUGAUAAUUUAGCAUCCUCAGAAGAUGAAGAUGAUGAUGAGUCUUCGUCAGAGGAGGCUAAGCUGUCCAGCAGUCAGAAGCUGUUGCCAAUGGCCCCUCAAUGGGCCCAGCCAGAGAAGAUGGAGAAAAAGCUACACGCUGUUCCGGCCAGCAAGACUGUUAAGUUUCGUUGCCAGGCCAGCGGCAACCCCACCCCCACUCUCAAGUGGUUCAAGAAUGGCAAGGAGUUCAAGAGGGACCAGCGCAUUGGGGGCUUCAAGGUUCGAGAACACAUGUGGACCAUAAUCAUGGAGUCUGUGGUGCCCUCAGACAAGGGCAACUACACCUGUGUGGUGGAGAACAAGCAUGGCAGCAUCAACCACACCUACCAGCUGGAUGUUGUCGAGCGCUCCCCGCACAGGCCCAUCCUGCAGGCCGGGCUGCCGGCCAAUCGCACGGCGGUGGUGGGCAGCGACGUGGAGUUUGUGUGCAAGGUGUUCAGCGACCCCCAGCCUCAUAUCCAGUGGCUGAAGCACAUCGAGGUCAAUGGCAGCCGCCUGGGCCCAGAUGGCCUGCCCUACGUGCGCGUCCUCAAGCACUCUGGGGUCAAUAGCUCGGACACUCAGGUACUGACCCUCUACAAUGUGACGGAGGAGGAGAGCGGGGAGUAUAUAUGUAAAGUGUCCAAUUAUAUAGGAGAGGUCAAUCAGUCGGCCUGGCUGACGGUCACCAGGCAUGAAGCCAUGCCCCCUUCCCCAGUGCCCAGUCAGACAUACCUGGAGGUGCUGAUCUACUGUGUGGGCUUCUUCCUCAUCUGCGUCAUGGUGGUGAUCGCCAUCAUCUUCAAGAUGCGCAGCUCCUCCAAGAAGAGCGACUUCAACAGCCAGCUGGCUGUCCACAAGCUGGCCAAAAGCAUUCCCCUGCGCAGACAGGUAACAGUGUCGGUGGACUCCAGUUCCUCCCUUCAUUCAGGAGUGAUGCUGGUGCGCCCCUCCCGCCUCUCGUCCAGCGGGUCGCCCAUGCUGUCAGGAGUUUCGGAGUACGAGCUGCCCCAGGACCCUCGAUGGGAGCUUCCGCGGGACAGACUGGUCCUCGGGAAGCCACUUGGGGAGGGCUGUUUCGGGCAAGUGAUGAUGGGAGAGGCCCUGGGAUUGGAUAAAGAGAAGCCCAACCGUGUGACCAAGGUGGCAGUCAAAAUGCUGAAAUCUGAUGCCACAGAGAAGGACCUGUCAGACCUCAUCUCCGAGAUGGAGAUGAUGAAGAUCAUCGGGAAGCACAAGAAUAUCAUCAACCUGCUGGGGGCGUGCACGCAGGACGGUCCGUUGUACGUGAUUGUGGAGUAUGCUUCCAAGGGGAACCUGCGGGAGUACCUGCGAGCACGCCGACCACCAGGCAUGGAGUACUGCUACAACCCCGACCAGGUUCCCGUCGAAAACAUGUCCAUCAAAGACCUGGUGUCCUGCGCCUACCAGGUGGCCCGCGGCAUGGAGUACCUGGCCUCUAAAAAGUGUAUCCACAGAGAUUUGGCUGCUCGUAACGUCCUUGUGACCGAGGACAACGUGAUGAAGAUCGCCGAUUUUGGCCUCGCCCGAGACAUCCACCACAUUGAUUAUUACAAGAAGACCACCAACGGACGCUUGCCAGUGAAGUGGAUGGCACCAGAAGCUCUGUUUGACCGGAUAUAUACACACCAGAGUGAUGUGUGGUCUUUCGGGGUGCUGCUGUGGGAGAUCUUCACCUUGGGUGGGUCCCCGUAUCCAGGUGUCCCCGUGGAGGAGCUCUUCAAGCUGUUGAAAGAGGGACACCGCAUGGACAAGCCCUCCACCUGCACUCACGAGCUAUACAUGAUGAUGAGGGACUGCUGGCACGCUGUGCCCUCUCAGAGACCCACCUUCAAACAGCUGGUUGAGGACCUGGAUCGCACCCUGGCCAUGACGUCCAACCAGGAGUACCUGGACCUCUCGGUACCUCUGGAUCAGUACUCCCCCAGCUACCCGGAUACGCGAAGCUCCACCUGCUCUUCGGGGGAGGACUCCGUCUUCUCUCACGACGCCGGCGCAGAAGAGCCCUGUCUGCCCAAGUUCCCCCCACAUCCCAACGGGGUGGCCUUCAAGAAGCGCUGAGGCGCCCGUCGCCACCGCCUCCGCCCUCCCCAGCUGCUCCCCGCUGGCCUGGACUCACGCCCGAGACUGGACCAUGACCGUUGCAGGUGCUCACCCAGGGCGCGGACUUUCACCCAAACCUUCAAGAAACCAUUUCAUUGUGCGCUGGGACACGUGGCCGCGAACCGUUUUUCCUGGUUCCGCUGCCCGAGGCGGACGUGUCCAUGGAAGCUCCGCCCCGUUUUGACCUUUGGCCUCUGUGAAACCAUGCUGGAGAACUCAAGGGCUCUCUUUCUCACUCACUCCCUCUCAUAUUCGCUUCUGUGAGUGACCCACAGGACUGCAGGAAAAGCAGAAAAGCAAAGACUGAAAAUGGGACAGAUCCUAGUCGGGUGGGAGAGCAACGGAAGUGAGGACUUUCCCGUGCUUCUUUUGUUAUUUGGUGUUUUUUUCUAUUGUUCAUUAUAAAUAAGAUUAGUUUCCCUUUCCAGACCAAAUCCAGAAAAAUACUACCAAGGCUGUCGGAGGCAUUUGUUUGCUCUGUGGUCAGUCUCUGCAUCCAAGACCAGAGCCGCCAGCAUUCUUGUAAAUACAGUUAGAAAUUUAUAAAUAUGAAUUAUAUAUUUACACUGUACUCUUUAUUUUUAUUUUUUCCUUUUUGUACAAGAAUGCUAAUGCUUUAUCCUAUUUUUGGAAUGUUGUUUAUGGGGGAGGGAGUGGCCAAGCUUUGGUAUGUGAUGAAAUUACGCUAAAAUUGUAUUGACCAUGACAUGGCCAGUUGUUUUGGGUUAAUUUUUCCCCUGCAAGACCUGCUGCUCAAAUACAGAUAUUAUGUUCCUCUCGUUGGCCGUCACCUGACUAUGUGUGCUUGUAUGUUAGUGUAAGGGCAUUUGGAAGUGGCUUUCCCAUGUUUGUCUGUGUUACUCUGUAAGCCAGCUGUCUGCUAGUGGUGACAAUCGGAGAACUGAGACGUGAAUGCAUUUUAUACUGUAAUGUCUCCUCAGUUUCGUUAAUAUUAAUCUGUCCAGCUUUGACAGAGUGCGCCUGGCAGGUUUUCAGCUCAUCUUUUAAUGGACACAUUUUUAUUUCUUAUUUCUAAUGUGUCGCUGAAAAAGAACACCAGAUAAGGGAUAGCUACAGAUCACUGACAAGGGAACGAGAAUGUUGAACGCCGACCAAUAUAUCCACCAAAGCCAUGGACAGUGCACGUCAGAAACCGCAGUGAACUUCACCUGCGUGCACCUGGCAUGUGAAGAUCAGUGUGAUGCCGCAAACGCGUACACGCCUGGAGUGCGUUGGGUAUUUCAGUGGACUUCCAACCAAGACUCACGGGAAAACACUUAUGUCAUCGUAAAGGAUUACAAUAAAUAAAAUGUUAUUGAAAAACAAAUCAUUAAAGCUUUUCGGAGUAUGAAAGUACUUCAUAAACAGCGCCCAUAAAUUUUGCGCGUUGCCUUGCGCUUGAGGCGUAAAUCAUGUUUACGGGGACGCGGCGGCGGCCACUUCAAUCUCCUGCCCAUUUAGCGCAGGUUACAGGGGGCGAUUAAAUAUGAUAAUGCACUGCUGACAUCAGAAGGAACGUCUGCCAGCACUGAGAGCCUCGCCACGCCGUAAACAUGUAAUUUAUGGCGGAGGGAAUGGCUUCGCCUACGGCGCGGCUUCAUCCAUCAGCCCAGGGCCCCGGGACCUUCCCGCCACGAGCUGAUGCAUCACCAGCGCAGCGCACCCCGCGCCAAAAUAUCCCUACAGCCAGCAGCACUUCCCGCUCCCCUGCUGUUAACUUGCUUUUAGAGACAGGAACUGUGCGUUCUGUGCCUUUUUACA